GUCUGGCUUUGCUCAGGGCCGGCAUCGGCGGCGGCGGCGGCGGGAGCCCCGAGCUGAGGAAGGGGCGCCAUGAACGCCUUGGGCGACCGCGGCCAUGGCGGAGCCGACUCCACCGCUUCCAUACUGGCCGAGCUCGACUGGGACGACGGCUUCGCCAUCCCCGUGGCCAACGCGGAAAACAAGGCUCUGGAGGACGAGGCGAGUUGGCGGGACUGGGUGGGGUGGGGUAAGAGAGGCCAGGGCGUUAAUAUGUUUAAUUUCAUAACGUGAAGAUCUAAGGAUGUUAAUGUUUAAGUUAAAUUUUAUAAGAACUGUGAUUUGGAAAACCGUUAAAAGGGCAUGCAAUGAAAUUCAACCACGGGGAAGCGAGGAAGUCACUUAACAAUGUUAAUAAGUGUAAUUUUUAAUAAGGCUAUGAUUUAUGUUUGUUUGUCUUAUGUGCUUGUUUGUUUAUAAUGUUGUGAAAACCAAUAAAUUUUUUUUGAGAGGCAAGGGCAGGUGGGGUGGGACCUCCUCUUCCAAGCCCCCUUGGCUCCAUCUCGGAGUCUGCCUUGGUCAGGCCGCACCUGGAGCGCUUUGUCCCGUUUUGGGGCGCCAUCACUGAAUAAGGACAUGGACAAGCUGGAACACAGGCAAGAGACCAAGAGGGUGAAGGGUCUGGAAGCCUAGCCUGAUGAGGAACGGUUGAAGGAUUGGCAUAUGUUUAGCCUGGGGAAGAGGAAAUACAGUGGUACCUCGGGUUACAUACGCUUCAGGUUACAUACGCUUCAGGUUACAGACUCCGCUAACCCAGAAAUAUUACCUCGGGUUAAGAACUUUGCUUCAGGAUGAGAACAGAAAUCGCGCAGUGGUGGCGCGGCAGCAACGGGAGGACCCAUUAGCUAAAGUGGUGCUUCAGGUUAAGAACAGUUUCAGGUUAAGAACGGACCUCUGGAAUGAAUUAAGUACUUAACCCGAGGUACCACUGCAUAUCCACCUUUCACAUAUCUUCAGGGGUGUCCCAUGGAAAGAGGGAGCCAGCUUGUUUUCUCCUGCUCUGGAGGGUAGAACUCGAACCAGUGGAUUCAAGUUACCAGGAGGAAGGAGGUGCCAACUAAAUGGCAGGAAGGACUUCCCGGCAGUGAGAGCUGCUCGAGGGUUGAACGGCCUCCCUCGGGAGUCUGCAGACUCCCCUUCCUUGGAGGUUUUUAAGCAGAGGUUCGAUGGCCAUCUGUCCCCUGGGUGCUUCGGUUGAGAUUCCUGCAUUGUGGGGGGUUGGACUAGAUGACCCUCGGAGUCCCUUCCAAGUCUACAUGUCUGUGAUGCCGAUUAAAAAUGAGUGGGGCUGUAAAGGCUCCCCACUCCAAAUGUUAUUGGAGUGGGGAGGAGUGGGAUCUCCUGGAAAGUGAAUUGUGGGUUGGGUGAUUUUGGCCGACCAGCCCCCCCAAGUGCAGGAAUUUCCUCAACUGUGUGCUUAGUGUGCCACAACCAUUGCUGAUAGAAGAAUUGAAACCGAAGAAUCCCCCCCCCCCAAAAAAAAACCCCCCACACAAAAGUGUCCACCUGUUUUCUCAUUGCAUUAUGCUCUGGUGCAAAAAUUCUUCCAGUCAAACUCUACUUCCAAGGAUGCUCUGUGUGUGUGAAAUAUGUGUGUCUCAUCUUUGCAUAGGGUGUGAUGGGGACAUUUCAGUCUUUCCCCGGUACAGAGAUGCAGCAACAUGGCACUGGAAGCGAAUUUAAAGAAGAGCCUUGCUUCUAGGCCUUCAGUCACACUUAGGGGUCCAUCUGAAACUGGAUUCCAAGCAGCAACUGGUUUUCAGAGGCAUAUACUGCCUCAGCGCAUUUAGUUGUCAUGGCUAAGAGCUGUUAAUAGACCUGCGAGGCUGCUGCUCCAUCUCUGCAUGAGUACAUCUACUUUGGGCUUGCUGCCUUCCAAUGCAGAGUGACUAGUGCACAGCAGAGCCGGUUCAAAAUAGGAAUUUUCUUCAAGGGCAAGAGCGAAGAGUUCCUUGAAUUCAGAGGAGAAAAUAAAGCAUGCCUCAACCACCUGGGGUUUGGGAAACAUUGUGCUGAUGCAGUAUGGUGCCUUGUAGGGCUGUGUUCUGCUCUUUAUAUUUCCGGAGCUGUCCGUAAUUGGUCAGAAAAGUUGGCUUGGGAGAGCACUGCUGGAUCAGAGUAAAGGUCCGUCUGCUUAUUUUAGUUCAGCAUUCUGUUUCCUUACACUGGCUAACCAGAUGAGGUAGGAACAUGAGCUGGGUGUAAAGGCGGCCCUUAUUGUUUGUGCCCAGCAUAUGGUAUUCAGAGAUGAAUUGACUUUGGACAUGAAGGUUCCAAGUUAGCUAUAAUAGCUAAUAGGUGUUAAGAGAGUGCAUUUAUGUAAUCAUUUUAAAAGGCCAUUUAGGCUAAAUGCCAUGUGGCAGUAAAUUCCAUUAUAUAUGCAUUAUGGUUGAAGUUUGUCCAGUCUUCUGCACGAACACAUUUUAUAUCCAACCCAGCCUAAAUCUAUUUUUACACAGGGUUAGGCUGCGUGUAUUGGUUAAACUGUGGCAAAGUAUGGCAAACAGGGAAGGAAGUAGGGUUAACUUGCCUUUAAAAGUGGAUAUAUUUUAUGGAUGGCUGUGCUGACAUUCCCAUUUACUGUGUGUUUCCAGUGCUGGGCAUUUAAUGCAUAUGUAUCCUGAAAUUUGGUGUAAAAUGCUACUGUUUGAUGUAUUGUUUCUUAAAACAGCUUCACACUGAUUGGAUCCUUAAACCUUUCUUAAUUGCUAAUUCAUUUCUAACCAAAGUGUAAACACCUUUGCAUGGGGUAAAGACAUCCCCACCCUGUCAACAUACCUUGGUGUGUACACAAACAAACAUAUCUGAUGAAUUGAAGAUGUGGUGAUAGAAACAGCUGGUAAGGGGAGUACUGUGAAACAUGCUGGGCUGCUAGUGGUGAAAUGUGAAUACACCAAUUUAUUUCUGAACAAAUCACCAAAUAUGUUCAUGUAUGAAGACUUUGUGGUUUUUCUUCCCCACCCCUAAAUGCAAUAGUAUCUAAAAGACCUGACCAUCUUCUGAUCUUCUAAUACUUCUAAUAUUUUGUAACACUAAAAUAUAUUGAAUUUUGUUUACAGCUGCAAAAAUUGCAAAAAGAAAAGGCAAACUUACAAAAUCAGUUGACUGACUUUGAAGACCGUAUUGCUGCAAUGACAUCACAUUUGAAGAACGUCAGGCAGGAGUUUAAUUUGACACAGGUAGAUGCUUAAGAGUGCUUCUUUGGUGAAAUACAUGUGUAAUGUAGUCCUGUGCAUGUUUAUUUUGAAGUAAAUCCCACUGUGUUCAGUGAGGCAUAUUCCCAACUAAAUUGGCACUGGAUUUCAAUUUUAUCUAAAUAUACUAAUCUUUCUUCCCUUCAAGGUAGUAAACAUAAGAUUCCAUGUGAUCUCCCAUCCAGACACUAACCAGAAAUGUUGCUGUAUUACAGCCUUUCAGGCCUGCCAUCCCAUGCACACUUAUUAAGCAUAAAUAAACUUAAUGGAAUUUACUUCUAAGGAAAUAUGCUUAGGAUUGUUAUGCAGAGCUGUAAUCUUGUGUGCAAUUACCGUAUUUUUCGUCCCAUAGGACGCUCCGUCCCAUAGGACGCACCUAGUUUUUUGGGGGGGAAAUAAAGGAAAAAAAAUUUCCCUUUAUUUCCCCCCCCCAAAGCAGGUCGGGGAAACCGAACAAGGUCGAGGAACAGCGGGAUGGCAGCGCUGCGCCUCCAUGCUGUCCCCCGAGCUUGUGGGGCUGGCUGAUGUCUGCCCGGCGCGAGGGGCGCUCUGCUUCAGGGCGCCCCACCCGCCGGGCAGCCGGCUGCUAUCCGCAGGGUGGGGAGCCCUGCAGGGAACUCCUGCUGGGCUCCCCACGCUACGGAUGUCUGCCCGGCGCGCGGGGCGCUCUGCUUCAGGGCGCCCCGCCCACCGGGCAGCAGGCUGCUAUCCGCAGGGUGGGGAGCCCUGCGGGUAACUCCUGCUGGGCUCCCCACGCUGCGGAUGUCUGCCCGGCGCGCAGGGCGCUCUGCUUCAGGGCGCCCCGCCCACCGGGCAGCAGGCUGCUAUCCGCAGGGUGGGGAGCCCUGCGGGAACUCCUGCAGGGCUCCCACGCUGCGGAUGUCUGCCCGGGGCGCGGGGCGCUCGGCUUCGGGGCCCCCCCCCCGCCGGGCGGCAGACUGCUACCCGCAGCGUGGGGAGCCCCGCGGGGACCGCCUGCCGGGCUCCCCACGCUGCGGAUGUCUGCCCGGCGCGCGGGGCGCUCUGCUUCAGGGACCUCCCACAGGGCUGCCUAGGCUGCGGAUGUGUUCCCGAAGCGGCGGGCGCUCUGCUUUCAGGGCGUCCGAUGCUCCGGGUAGCAGGACCUCCCGCAGGGCUGCCUAGGCUGCGGAUGUGUUCCCGAAGCGCCGGGAGCUCUGCUUUUAGUGCGCCUGGUGCUCCGGGAAGCAGGCUGCUAUCCGCAGCCUAGACAGCCCUGCGGGAACUCCCGCAGGACUGCCUAGGCUGCGGAUGUCUUCCUGAAGCCUGGAGAGCGAGAGGGUUUGGUGCGCACCGACCCCUCUCGCUCUCCAAGCUUCAGCGAAAGCCUGCAUUCGCCCCAUAGGACGCACCCAGAUUUCCCCUUCAUUUUUGGAGGGGAAAAAGGGCGUCCUAUAGGGCAAAAAAUACGGUAUUUGCAAAUAAGACACAUUUAACUCUGUAGGGUUCACUUCUGCGUAAACAUGCAUAAGAUCAGGGUACAUGAAACAGAAAAGGGGUGUUGAUCAUUGUUACUUAUGUUCAUUGUUUAUCAUUGUUGCUUAUUGUUGUUGAUUAUUUCCAAACAUAAUUUUUAAAUGAGUUGUAUUCCUCUUUUGUCAGUAGGCAAUGCAUGGCGGGUUCAUAAUAUUUACAAAAGAAAUGUUAUAAGUAAAAUGAUAUCAUUGAUAGUGUGGGCACUUAAAGAUUUAAUGGAUUUUUAUAAGUCAAAGGGAUUCUAGCAAAAAUGAGAGAUCUUAUAACUGGUUAUAUUUAAUAUGCUGGUUCUAGAUAAGAUUACGGAACUUCUUUGUAAGAGAUAGAACAUUUUAUCUGGAAAAAUAAAUGAUUAUUAAUCAUGACAGUUAAUAAUUUCUGUCAGUUAAUUCAUAUAGCAGCUCUUGAUAUUAAGAUGUUUGCUGCAGUUACUUUUUUUGAAUGAAAUAGACUCCAAAUUUGUAGAGAAACCCACGUGAAUAUAAUUAACGCUACAUUUGUUCUGCUCUGGACUACAGAAAAAUAAAAUAAUGGAUUCAAAAUCUCAUUUGAAAUGUUUGCAUCACUUGGAUAGCUAACCGUAGGAAACUGCUUCAAGAGAAAAUGCUGGAUCUUUUGUUAUACAAAACUCAUACCUUUCUAAGUCUCAGUACCUGUCAGAAAGGUUCUUGGAUAUUUACUUAAGUGGAACUCCUUAGUUGUAUGUUUUAUAAAUUUCCAUCCAUUUUUAACUUCAAUUUCUUCUAAAAAGGAAACAAACACAAAAGGUGCCUUUAAAUCAUCACUGCUUGUUAACCCUGAAAAAUAAUUAAUUGCCUUUCUCUUUAGUCUCUUUUCAGAGCCAGGCAGAAUGAAAUUGAAACUGAGCAGCAUUUUAAAUCCCUCGCAGAGAGAGAAGUGGGGCGACUGAAAAGCGAGAUUCAAAGACUGGAGAAUGAAAUGGUUUCAUUACGAGAGAAGAAAAAUAGUCAAGAAGUAUGUUUCAAGUAUUUCAUCACAUAUCUGAAAAAUAUAUUCCUAAAGUUGGAAGCUUUCUCUGCUGCUAUUCUUGCGCUGAGCUUCUCAGCUGCAUCAAACAAAGGACUUCACACAGCAACAGUUUUGAUAUUCAUACUGUUUUAUUGCAGCAUUCCCUCCUAAAGUAUUUUAAUGAUCCAAGUAUUUAAGGUUUUUAAUGCAAGAUUAGGGUACAAUGUGGAAAUGGUUAUCUGAACUACUGUCUUGGUUUACUUUACUUGGUCACUUUAACAUGGUUGAUUUGAAACUUAAAAAGCUGUCAGACAUUUAGUUCAUCUAGCUCAGUUCUGUUUACAGUGACUGGCAGGAAAUGUUUGUUGUUUUAGCCAAGUGAGGAUUCCCAGGUAAGAUCCUCCCUCUAUUGUGUGGGCAGAUAAUCCCUCCUCUACCUGGCCUGGUCUCCUUGGCAACGCUUCCCCCAGGUGGGAUUGGACAACUGACUGAGGUAGGCGGAGACCUCCAGGUAUCCCACCUGAGGGAAGGCAAAGCCAAGCCUAUGCUGUUGGAGCCGCUCCAGAUCUAGGGGCUGCGCGCGUCCACGCAAAGGGCGCUCCCCGUUUUAAGCGGGGAGCGGUCAUUGUUUUCUCCCCAAAUUUUUUUAUUGGUUUUCACAAUAUUAUAAACAAACAAACACACACACACACACACACACACACACACACACACACACAAGACAAACAAACAUAGCAAACAUAAAUCAUAGCCUUAUUGAAAAUUACAGUUAUUAACUUUGUUAAGUGACUUCCUCGCUUCCCCUUGGUUGAAUUUCAUUGCAUAUCCUUUUAACGGUUUUCCAAAUCCCAAUUUUUAUGAAAUUUAACUUAAAUAUUAACAUCCUUAAAUCUUCACCUUAUAGAAUUAAACAUAUUAAUUCAUCACUUAACAUAAAUAAAAUCCUAAGCCCAUUAAGUAUCUGCAAGCUAUUUCCGGUUAGUUUAACUUAACAAAUUUAACUAAAUAAUCAUUAAAUUUAUUCUAUUCUUCCUGAUAUUCCUCCUCCUUCUGGUCGCGGACUCUUCCGGUUAGGUCGGCUAGCUCCGAAAAAUCCAUCAUCUUCAUCUGCCAUUCUUCUAUUGUUGGUAAUUCUUGGGUUUUCCACUUUUUAGCUAACAAAAUACGAGCAGUAGUUGUGGCAUACAAAAAUAAUUUAACAUCUUUGACUGGCAGGAAAUGUUUGGGAUUGAAUCUGGGACCUUGGGCAUGCAAAACAUGUUCUCUAUUGCUUAUCUACAGCCUGUCCCUGCUUAUCACUCGAUUUUCCAGGAACUGUUUACUUGGAGCAAAACUGUACUUAAUAAGAAGCAGUCUCUUAUUGAGGUACUCAUAUUGGGCUAUUGUAGAAUCGCCUUGGGAUGUUUUAUGAGGUGUAACUCAUAAAUGAAGUAAGUAAAUAUUGUUACAGGCCACCCUAAUCUUUGCUGAGCAGUAGCAAGAGAUUCUGGGUUCUUCAUACUUAACCAGGGUUUUUGAUUCCUUGGAAAAAUGAGGCACAGCAGAGUUUGUGCGUCUUAGAAAUAUGGUUUAUUCACACAUAUUCACACCUGAAGCCUUCAAUGGAGGGGGAGUUCACAGUAUUAACAUUCCAAGAGGGGCUUGUCCUUCCCAGCAGCACAAGCAAUGAAUUCAGAGGCUUAGCUACAUAACUUGUUCAUCCGAACUGAGCCAAAGCUGGGUAACUGGAGGCCAGUGUAAAUUCCUCAGAAGGGGCAGUUUAGAGGCAUGGCAGAAGUGGGACCAGAGAGGGAGGACUUCAUCUGCAUCCUAAACCCAUUCAUCUUGGUCACGUGCCUUGGCAACCCAGCACAGAACACUAUUUUAAAGGCUUGUUUUCCCUCUGCAAAGCAGCAACAGCCCUGCUGCCAGAUGAGCUUUAGAUCUGGUGUAACUUUAUGCUGCAUUAUUUUCCCAGGCUUGCUUUAUGUGAGUUUCUUGUGCAUAGGAUUGCUCCCUCAAUAACAGUUGGUGUUUGGCAUGGAUUUGUAGUAACAGAUGGUUUUAUGCAUAUUAUUGGUAUGCUGUACUGAUGUUUUCUCAUAUGGCAUGAGAAUCCACUGUGUACAAUUCCACUGAACUUGCAGAAGAAGUAAGAAGUGUCAAAAGAAGUCUUUGGAUCCCAGCAAUGAUAAUGAUCAUUUUUAUCUCCUCCAAAAGGGUCAAACUAGAGUGACAUGUCAGCUGUGCUAGGUGUGUCUCUGCUUUUAUGCAAGUUCCCCUAGCCAGCUCCAGUGCCGGAAACUAGUUGGGUAGAGAGAGAAAAUGUUUAAAGCAAUGUAGAAGUAAGGUUGGAAAAGGGGAUUGCUUUUUGUCCCCUUCUCCACUCACCUCUUUUGCUGUAAAGUAGUAGAUCCACUUCCAGUUCUGGUUUUUAUAUGAAUAGGGUAGGUACAUGCUUAAAACACAUGUGACUGUCCCGUCAUGUCUGGUACAAAUACACAUAUAUAGGAAAGAUUUGGAAGCAGCUAGUCUGUCCCCUUACCUUUCUUGGAAGCAGUCAUGUGAAUUAAAGUCCUUUCAAUGUGAUGAGUUAGUCAUGGCCCUCUGUUAUAAAUACAACCUGUUUUUAUUUAUUCGGGCCCAUCACUCCCAUCUACUGUAACUCAGUGUCUUCGGACUAGUCUUCAGAGUAGGAUUUCAGAUUACUGGAGGGGCGAAAGGUAGAGAACCAAGAGAUACACAAAACAAAUUCUGACAGUAUUUAAACUCAAUAUUUUCCACUAGUAAGCAGCCUCAAGGUAGCCAGAGCAUAGCUGUUUGUUGGGCUAAUAAAAAUAUGAUAUUGUAUGGUUUUUUUAUUACAUCUCCCCCCCUUUUUUCAUUCCUACUAUAUUAGAACAAUAUUUUCAAAGUGACUCAGAAGCUGGAAGCCUUAAGAUGCCAAAUGAACUGGGACCAACAAGCUUUGGAGGCUUGGUUAGAAGAAUCUGCACGCAAAGACAAUGAUGCAGUUGCAAUCCAGAAGUAUGCACAGCAAGAUGAUGGCAAAUUGCAAGUAUGUAUAUAUUUUAUUUAAAGUUCGUGUGUAACACCCCCAGCCCCGCAAGUCCAUAUUACUUGCAGCAUCUGAUUGGAUAGGAAAGAGGUGUAGUGCCGUACUAAGACAUGAGAUGCGAAACAUGGAUGUUUGCAACUAUUAUUUCUUUAUUAACGGCAUUUUACAACAAAAUAAGACAAUAUCUAAUGUGAAAAUCUGGAGUGGAUUAUGAGGGGCGGGUGCAGAAUGGAGGAGAAGAGGUUUGGUUGUGCAAAGUGGUAUUCUGUUGCAUGAGCAAAACAGCCACAUUGGAUACUUCCGAUGGAGUUAUAAGUAGAUGGUCCAGAUAAUCUUUGAGUCCUUCCUAGCCUUAGGAUUUUAUGACCUGAGGUUUUCUUAAAACAUGGCAGUGGUAAUGCUUUAUUAACUUCUAACUAUUUUAUAAUUAGAGUUCAGUAUUUUUAAAAGUACGUUUCAUUAUCUUUUCAGAUGUUAACUCUACAGAUCGAAAUGCUGACUGUACAAUGUAAUAACAGACGCAGAAUUCUUGACAAUGAGCUUACAGAAACCUUGGCUGCUCAGGUUUGUCCACUGGAGAAUGGGUUUUGCAGUAAUACUUCAGGUGCUUCUUAUACCUGGUAUACAUUGUUAUUAGUUUCCACUUGUCUUUACAGAUAGAGCUGGAUAAAACAGCUGAAGAUUUCCGCAGGGUUCAUCAUGAAAGACAAGAACUUAUCAGGCAAUGGGAGAGCACCAUAGAACAAAUGCAGAAAAGAGAUCAAGAAAUAGAUAAGUGUGCCUUGGUAAACUAUUUUCUGGUGUUUUGACCUCUUAAGAUAUGUAAUUUCAUCUGGGCUUCCAUUUCCCAAAGAGCUGAAUGUCAUAUGGGUUUUCUCAUAUUGGUCUGAAUAUAAGCCACCCCAAAAUAUAGACCGCACUCGUAAAAUGAGUUCUCUUUGGAAAGAAAAAAAUGUCAUGAAUCUCUAGCACAAUUUUAAAAACACAUGCAACCUCUAGACUCAUCUCACACAGAAUAAUAUUGGGCAACCAGUGCCACCUAUUGAGAAGGGCAGAUGAUCUUUUUACAAAAAUUAUUAAAGCUCUCUGUGGUUCCUGAGGCCUCAUCUUAAAUCACACCUUCUCUACCUAUAAGUGCACAACUAAAGACUGUACUCAGGUUUUAUACAAGCCAGAUUUUGGGGGAAAUGUGGACUAUAUUCGUACCAAUACAGUAUAUAAUUGGGUUUUCCCACCAGUAACUGUUAAAGCAAGAAAACAGAACAAACAAUCCCCUGAAGAACAAAUUUAACUAACAUUUUUCUUUUGUGAUUCUUGGUUUGUUGACCCAGUAGCAUGGUUACAACUGAUUUGUAUAUUUUUCUGUGCCUAGCUUUUAGCACAGGCAAGGCGGGCAAUCCGUGCAAAGGAAAGUUUGCUUAAAGACAAGGUUCAGUUUUUGGCAAAUGAGAGCGGUAAUAACAUGGAGUACGAGAAGAGAAUCGCCGUGGCUGAUCGGCUAGCUACCAAACUGAGGCUAGAUUACCAAAAAGAGGAGGCCAAUCGAAAUCAGUUCCAGGAUGAGGUAAUUUUAACAUCAUAUAUAGUAUGGAGACUUUAAUAUUUUGCAGUUUGGAAUGUCACUUUGGAACAAAAUGUCUGCCCAUGCUGUCAUAGCAGAAAUAAGCUGUAAACUUGAGAAAGUUAAAGCGCAGCAAAAUGAAGACACCUUUCUAGAACUGAUAGUCCCAUUAUGUCUGAAGUUUACUAACAGAUUCAUCAGAAGAUGUUAUAAUCAAAACUUGUUAUGGUCAGUGCAUGUAAGGGAUAUUUAUACAUAUGUGGCAUUUGUCCAGGGGUUCAGACUUUGGGCAUUGGCAUUUGAAUUGGGAAAGCUGUAAAAAUGCCCAUGAUGCUUUGUCAACUUAUCUUUUGUCAACUGAAGUAAUAGAUUUACUCUCUCGUUUCACCUUUCAAUUUAAUUUUAUAAAAUCCCACAUGGCUAUAAAAUCUAGCCCCAAAUUUUAGAAUUUAUCAUUUUUACUAUUACUGUUAUUAACUUCUAGAAGUCCCAAUUCUGUAAAAGUUUUAUCUUUCCCGCCAGUACUUCAGUCUUGUGCUGAACGUCAUCAAUAUUUUCCAUUUUCAAUAUGGGAAACUGUGGCUUGGCAACCACGUGAGUUUGUUGCUCAGCACCUAUUUAAACUUGAGUCACCCAGAUCCUAAGUUCAACAUUCGUGGCCUAGUGAAGUGAAUUCUGUGGACUCGGUUCACUGGAGUGGACUUUGUAGUUUAUUCCAGCCAAACUGCACUUCACAAUCAAGUAGCAUAAACUGAGGAAAAAACCAAUACUGUACACUCUUUAAUUUCAGUAAGGUUUUUGAUAGGAAGUUCACAGAGAAAUAUACAUAAAAUUUAAAGUAAAAAGGUAUGAAAACAAGGGGUGCGCACCUAAAAUUGGGAAUGUUUGCAUGACGGAAAUGCAGGUUUUCUUUAUCAGAGUAAUAUUUGUAAUAGUUAGGUAAAGGGGAGCCCUGACCAUUAGGUCCAGUCAUGACCGACUCUGGGGUUGCGGCACUCAUCUUGCUUUAUUGGCCGAGGGAGCCGGCGUACAGCUGGUCAUGUGGCCAGCAUGACUAAGCCGCUUCUGGUGAACCAGAGCAGCACACAGAAACGCCGUUUACCUUCCUGCCGGAGCGGUACCUAUUUAUCUACUUGCACUUUGACGUGCUUUCGAACUGCUAGGUUGGCAGGAGCAGGGACCGAGCAACGGGAGCUCACCCCGUUGCAGGGAUUUGAACCGCUGACCUUCUGAUCGGCAAGUCCUAGGCUCUGUGGUUUAACCCACAGCACCACCCGCGUCCCUUGUAAUAGUUCGCUGUUAGUAAUAAAAAAAUAAAAUCUGUGUUAAAAAUACAAAAUCUGUGUUACAGUACAAAUGUGGGAAGUUGGUGGGCUGCCUGACAGCUAUGAUUUCAAAAUGACCACAGUACUCUGAAUAAACACUUAUGUUUUCAAUAUUCAUGAAACCUAACCAUUAGCUGGAUACCUUGAAAGCUACUGUGGAUGGAACUGCUUCAGAGUUAGAAGCGAUGAGGAUCAAUGUAGCUAACCUUAAAAAGGAAAUCCAAGAAAAAACUUUAAGGUAGGCAUUAUAAAUGGUGAGAUGACUACUAUAGUUAUUUUUAAAAUAUUUUUGUAACACGUACUAGAAGAAUAGAUACUUUAGACAAUGAUGAAAAGUGCCAUGGCAUGGGCAGAUUCACAAAUAUGACUAUUUAACAUUUGCUGAACCAUUUUUUGUUAGCUAGGGAUUUUUUUUAAGACUUAGGGAAACUUCGGGACUUGGAGCAUAAUUUAGGGCAAGGUGCCUUAUUACCUGGAUGCUAAACAUUGUCUACCCCACCUCCCCAGCUAGAAUUUAUUAUCUUGUCUUCUCUUUUCCAUACCAAUCUGUAGAUUCUCUCAGAAUGGUACAGUAUUCCAUCCAUUCUCUUCUACAUUCUGGAAAAGUAUGAGAGUUGACCAGGAAAUUCCCAAUUCCAUUUUUGAUAAAGCUUUAAAGGUGUUUCCUGAUUUCAUAUCUUAAUAUGUGAUAAGCUAUUAAGUGUAAUGAAACUAUCUGAUUUAUUUUGUCUUUAAACUAUACCAAAACAAUGGCUGAAAUUUGGGCUUCUUACUAAGUAAGUUCUUAGCGGUCCUAAAUAGCAAAUUACAUUUCUUAGAGUUACAUGUAUUUUAUAUUAAUUUGAGGGUUAGGGAUAUUAGCUCUAGUUUUCUCUUUUGAAAAUUAUAUGUAACUUUCCUUCUCACCCCAUAAAUCUGUGCUAAGGCUAAAUGUGAUAAAGGACCAGAAUGACAGUCUUGCGAGUAAACUGAAAUAUGUGACAAACCAAGCACUGACUUUAGAAGAAAAAGCAGCCAGAAUGGAAGAGCUCCUGAAAGAGAAAGAGAAAAGUGUCAAGGUAAAAGCAAAUAUAUAUAAAAAGCAUACUUUCUUUCACUGUUACCAGCAGUUUGUCAAAGUGCCAUUGGACAUGGAUACCUCUGACAAUUUGGUUUCAGUUUUUAUAUGUUACUUUACAGAAAUAUUUGUUGUCCAUGUGAGCUCUAUCUGAUUAAUACAUUUCCGCAAUACUUUGAACUUCCAUUAAGAACCAAGAUAAACGUAUAAGAAAUUUUGAGAUGAAAACCUGUAAGAUCAGGUGUAUGCCAGACAAAUGUGUUUUGACUGAAUUGGGAAUGAGAUUCACAGAGGAAAGAGAAUCAACAGUUCUAAGGUGAAGGAACUCAAAUGUUAUAACAAGCACCACAAAAGCAAAAAUCCUUGAAUCACCCAAUGAAUCACAGAGGAUGUAAGAAAAGUCUGGUCAUUAUUUCCACAUGGGAUUUUUUUUUAUAAGUAAUUUAAGGAAAACCUAUAAUAAUGAUCCUUACAGGAACUGUUCAUACGAAGAAGCAUGAAAGGUAAAAAUGAAUGGUAUUUUAAUCACUAUUCAGUUGUGCAAAGCUUUAAUAUUCUGGAUGACAUUAUUUCUGGUCUAAGAGGUUCACAAUCAAUGCCUGUUAUAAAAUCAUACAAUUAUAGAGUUGGAAGGGACCACAAAGGUCAUCCAAUCCAAUCCGCUGCAAUGCAGGAAUCUUUAGUCCAAUGUGGGGCUCAAACUCAACGACCCUGAGAUUAAGAGUCUCGUGCUACUGACUGAGCUGUCCCAGAAUCUUCAUAAGGAACUUGAGUAUCAACAAUCUGUAUAGACACAAGAGGUAGAUUAGUGCCCUUGCUAGCACUGACAAAAUAUUUUAUUGAAAUUACUUAAGAUGAGAACACAGCUCAGUUGUCUCCACUCCGUAUUGUUUUUGGGGGACAGGGGCGGGCUGGUGUGGAGGACUCCCUGGUCCUGAAUAGGGUAACUGUGCCCCUGAAGGACCAGGUGCGCAGCCUGGGAGUCAUUUUGGACUCACAGCUGUCCAUGGAGGCGCAGGUCAAUUCUGUAUCCAGGGCAGCUGUCUACCAACUCCACCUGGUAUGCAGGCUGAGACCCUACCUGCCUGCGGACUGUCUCGCCAGAGUGGUGCAUGCUCUAGUUAUCUCCCGCUUGGACUACUGCAAUGCGCUCUAUGUGGGGCUACCUUUGAAGGCGACUCGGAAACAACAACUAAUCCAGAAUGCGGCAGCUAGACUGGUGACUGGGGGUGGCCGCCGAGACCACAUAACACCGGUCUUGAAAGACCUACAUUGGCUCCCAGUACGUUUCCGAGCACAAUUCAAAGUGCUGGUGUUGACCUUUAAAGCCCUAAACGGCCUCGGCCCAGUAUACCUGAAGGAGCGUCUCCACCCCCAUCGUUCUGCCCGGACGCUGAGGUCCAGCGCCGAGGGCCUUCUGGCGGUUCCCUCAUUGCGAGAAGCAAAGCUACAGGGAACCAGGCAGAGGGCCUUCUCGGUAGUGGUGCCCGCCCUGUGGAACGCCCUCCCAUCAGAUGUCAAAGCGAUAAAUAACUACCUGACAUUUAGAAGACAUCUUAAGGCAGCCCUGUUCAGGGAAGUUUUUAAUCUGUGAUAUUUUACUGUAUUUUUGGUUUCUAUGGAAGCCGCCCAGAGUGGCUGGGGAAACCCAGUCAGAUGGGCAGGGUACAAAUAAUAAAUUAUUAUUAUUAUUAUUAAGCUUAGCAGACAGUCUUCCAAAAUGGCUAUUUUUGCAUAAUGGUACUGAUCUUGUAGUAUUGGUGAGACAACAUGAACUGGUUUGUGACACUGGACUGUGCUCUAUUCUAAAUGCUAAUUUUUUGGCAUAUGAUACUAUAACACUAGACCUCAAGUGACUUCAUAAUUCAACAAGAAGCACUUUAAAUUCUUCUUUGAACUUAAGUAUAGAAUUUUCUAAAUGUGGAUUAAUAGUAGUUGAAUUAAAAUAACAAUAAGGCAGAGAACCUGAAAGCACUGAAAUGAAACAACCUGACUGCAGACUGCAAGAGAUUAUCCGUAAUAUUCUUAGGAGGGCAGCUAAACCAUGUGCAGCGCUUUUUUCCUUACACAGGAAGUGGAUAACCCGAGAGCAUAGCAGUUCCACAGCUGAGGGGUGAUAGUUUAACUAGGAUGAACAAUGUCUGUAAUGUGUUAGUCAUAAGUACGCUUUCCAUCAAAAUUAGCCAUGCAUGUCUAUUUGCCACAUCUAUUAAUUCAUGGUGAAAAGAUAUGGGCAGGGAAUAAUGCACUCAAAAUUGCUUUCUUUCCAUUUGAGCUCCUGUUCCUCAGUGGCUGCCCCCAGUCUCCCUUGUAGGAAAGCAGUGUUGCUGGGGCUGAAUCUUAUUUAACUCACUGUAUGUUUUAGGAUCGCUAUGUGUUAUUAAAAUAUCUGAAUUAAGAUCUUAAUCAUUUAGAAAGAAUGAGAUCUCAUUUCAGUCAAAGUGAAUUAUAUUUUUGUGUUCAGUUAUGGUAAUUGCUAACGGUGUUUGUUAGAUCAGUGGAUGAAUAAGUUAAAACUUAUUUUCUUAGGGACAUAGUGGUCUGCCCUUUAGGUAGAUGAGAGAGAUAGAAUUGUCUGAGUGGUUGUCUUUCAGGUGACACUUUGCAACAAGUUAUAGUGGGAGUGAGAGUGGGAAUGGUCUAUCUCUAGAAAGAAGAGGGAGAGGCAAGAUGGAGGUGUCAGGUAAGGGGUGGCCUGGGUGCCAGAGCAGAAUGGGUGCAUAUCCCAAAGAGGGACAGACCCAUCCAAGGUAACUAAUCUUAACUCUGGUUAAACUUAAAAGUGCAUCCUUGUGUAGUCAUUUACAUUCUUAGGGUGCUUUCUGGUUAUCACUGUUUCGCUGGUAGGAUUCAGAAUGAAUGCUUAAUAAAUAGCGAGUGUCAUAUAACCUCCAUGCAAACACUCUACAAACAAAUUGGUCACCUGGAAGCAACCUUGGAAUUGGAAACAUUGAUAAAGCAACAGAUAGCACAGCAUUCACAUUUUGAACGUUUUUAACACCAUUAGGAGAGAGAGGCACUGGAACAACAUCUGCGAGACAAACAGUUCAAAAGAAUUAAGGAGCUGCAGAAACUUAAAGACAAGGAGAAGUGUUGCUCAGCUGAAAUAGAUGGACGCAAAGGACAGCUGAAAAACCUACACAGUCGCUUAUGCCGGGUGGAUGCUGAGACACUCAAACAACAAGAACUCAUGUAUAAGCAGGCAAGGGAUAACAAGUUUCUUUGUGUGUGUGUGUGUGUGUGUGAGCAAAGGGACAUCUGCUGCAAGAGAGGGUUUUUAAAAAGAACGAGAAAGCAGAGGUAGACAUUUAAGAAUUGGGAGAAGACCAUGGGCUGUGCACUCCUAAUUCUUAAACAUUCACUUUUGACAGGUGUCCCCUUCCUGACAAAUUUCUCCUUUCUUAGCACAGUCUCCUAGACUUUGUGAUUUGAAAUCCAGCUGUGCUGUUGAUGAUGGCAGAAGCCCAAAAUGGUCAAGAAAUCAUUUUAAGCCUUUCACUGACAUACAUAUAAUUGCGUGUAUAUUUUCAUUGUGUAGUUCUGACAAAAUCUAAAUCAGAAGUGUUUGCAAAACACAGUAUUAAGUAAGAGAAUAUUUAUUUGAGUUCAGAGUUAAUAAAGUUAUUGUUUUACCCUUCAGUUUUAAAAUAUAUUUAUCUGAUAGUAAGUGUCAUUGAUAUUAGAGGAAGCUAUUUCUAAAAAGGAAAAAAAAUCCAUUUACUUGGAGACUAAUUCCCUUUACUUCCAAGUAAAUAUGUUUGGAAUGGGAUUGUAUGAUUUCCAAAUCAGCUUUUUGCUAUGGCUCCUCUGAACCAUGGCUGCUUCAGGGUAAAUUUUUGAAGCGAUACAAGAGAUGAACAUGCCCAAAUCCUGUUAUUUGUUAAUGGGAUUUGUAUGCAUAACUCCUAUGCACCACUUUGAAAAUUUACCCCUUUUUAUCAGCAUCUACUGGUAGUGGUAAGAUUGCUACUCAGCUGUAAGCCUCCCUAAAGCAGACUCUCUCUGGGUUGGGGACUCUUUGUUAUAUUUUUAGAAGAUUACUUGGGAGCCAGCAUUGCACACCAUCCAUUUUAAGACAGUCUACAAAUGAGAAGGCCUAUAGGCCUGAAACAAUUGUACAGGAACAAUUACUUAAUUAGGUGCCUGUCCUACAGCUAAUUUUUUUGUGUUAAUGUUUUAGCAUGUAUAGAAAUGACUCUAAUUGUUUGCUUUUCAGCCUCUCUGUUCAUUUUAUUUCUUGCCUAAAAUAUUUUUAACAGGAUUUUUACAUACAGCAAGUUGAGAGAAGGCUGUCACGCUUGCAUGGGGAGCUUAACACAGAUGAGAAGCAAGUUUUAGAAGCAAAAGUUGCUGAACUUUCGAAGAUAGCAGAAGAAAAGAAACAAGCAUACAAUACUCUACAAGCACAGCAGAAGAAACUCCAGGUAGUAUGGCUUUUCAUCUCAUGGGAUUGCACCUACAGCGAUGAUUAAUUUAUAGCCCACAUAAUGGUCUAAUGUAACUGAUUGUUUGGAACUAAGCACAUUUGUCCUCAGCCAAUAUCAGGGCAGAGGUGUGGUUGGGAAUGCCAGUUCUAUAGGGGGAGAUCUAAUAUAGUAUGAGCAGGCAUCCUUGCACACUUCUCUUUCCUCUUUUCUAGAGGAUCAGGAACCAUUUGAAGCAGAUUUUGGGGGUGCUUCGGGAAUGCUGGAGUGGGGAAAAGAGAAACUAGACAUCUUGUGGUAGUAGGUUUCUGUUAUGCAAGCAGAUGGACAUCAGUAGAUGUCACCCAUGUUUCUGGGCUUCUUGGAAGAAGGAAGGGGUUUAAAUGUAACCUCAGAUGCCUGAGACCUAAAUACAUUUUGCUCAGGUAAGGAUCUGGGAUGUGGCAAGGGUCUACUGAUAACAAAACAGUAUUUAUGACCAAACUAAAAGCAACUCUUUUUUUCUUUCUUUCAGAAUGACAUCCAUUUUAUCAAGUUGGCUAUGACUAAGACUGGAGAAGAAAUGGCUGGCUUGACAACCAGAGUAGAUGAGCUAAAUCUUUUCACUGAAAAAUCAGAGAAGCUACUAAAAAAAGCCAGAGCAGAUAAACAGGUAUAAAUAAAAAUAAUUAUUAUAAUGCUGACCCGCACAGAUUCUUGGGUUCUUUGCACUGACAGACUGUCCAUGGCCCUUGGGCAUACCUAAAUUGACGUGUCACAAGUUUGGAAACCAAACUAUUAAAAAAAAAAAAGUUACAUCUCAGGAGGCUUUGGAUUUAGUGCCGAAUAUUCUUUUUCUUUUGCCAACUGAAGGAUAUGUUGAUUGAAGAUAACCUCCUGAAACUGGAGCUGAAACGUGUAAGAGAUACCCUGUACAACAAGGCAGAGCAAGUUCUUUCCCUUGAAAAACGGAAGCAGCAACUUCAAACAGCAAUGGAAGAAAGAACUGCGGAUAUCAAAGUUCAUAAGGCAAUGAUUGAGACACAGAUAAGGAUAAUAGAGCAGGAGCGUCAGACUUUGAGGUAUUUGCCCUAUGUGCUGCAUGGAGGUGGGAAUGGAUUUCUCUUUUCAAGGAAACAUAUGAUACUGAAGGAAUCACUUUGGAAGACCAACUUUAUACUUGCUGCCUUUCUCAGCCUUGGUAGUUAGCUAAUUACUGAUGUACCUGUGUGAUUGGUUGUCAGGAAUUGCUAUUACUUUGCUGCUUCUAAAUUUCCUUGUACAAGAACUCUAGACGGAAGCAAACACACUCAAUACUUAUUCUCAGGCAGGGUUCUGUUACCAGGAGCCUGCUUUUAUGCCUGCUUGCUUCCUUGUUUAUCACAUUUGUACCCUAUCUUUCUAUAAAAAUGUAAAUCAGCAAAGGGCCCAAUAAAGGCUAGCUACAGUCAGUUACAGAAACUAAGAUACAAGCUGCAAGGGCCUGUUUUCUACAGCUUUAAGAAAUCGGGAAGUAAGAAUCUUUGUGCAGCGGGUGGUUAAAGCCAAGUGGGAAAUGAACACUCAACCAGCUGAUCUGGCAGCCCUUUUUUCCAUUCUCCUCCUUCCAUCCACAGCCCACGCAAUAGGAAAUUAGAGUGAUUUAGUGUGACUGGAGCUUAACCCCUCGCCAAGCAGGCAGGCUCUGUGUGUUUUUCCUGUGAUAAUUACAUGACUAAUUGGCACUUGCAUAUAAUUUGAUUUGGGGUUGCUUCCUGCUGUUGCUUAUUCUCUCUGAGCAGUGGCAAUAUUAAGAUACAAUCAGCAGGGGGCAGUUUCUGCAGCUGUAAGACUGAAAUGCCAAACCUUUAAAUAUUUGGGUAAGGUUCCUUGGAUGGCGGCUCCCCACGAUGCAGGAAUUUGCAAUGUAAUGUUGAAUUUGUCUCCUUCUGUGUGUGGGGAUUUGAGACAACUGUGAAUCGGGAGGACUGGGUACCAACAGCAACUACAAUAGAUGGGUAUACCACUAGCCUAAGUACUGUGUUGUCUGUUUUUAAUAGUGACAUCAUCCACUCUGCUAUAGGGUUCACACACAGUCUCACUAAAGGGAAGAGAUCCCCCAAGGACGCAUCUAGAUGGGUAGCAUUGGAAAGUCUUUUACCACGGCAGCACAGACUUCAUCUCAAUCUACAAUUGUUAAAUUUAACAAAAGAAAAGUAGCUUUUGUUAACGGAAAAAUCCGAGGGCUCCCUUGGACAAAAAACAAAGACACUAACCAGGAUAACUUGGAGCAAAACAGCAGCCUGUAGGCUUGGCCUUUAUUGAGCUGUUGCAACAGGGUGCUCCCCUCACUUGCAGGAGAGAGGAAAGACACAGAAAAAUGGUGUGCAAGGCCUUAUAAAAACUUUUGAAAUUCCCACCCUGUAGAUUAAGACCACCCCCAGAAACAUCAUGCAUACAUCACAGAAAGGAGGGGUUGAGGGAGGAGUUGUGGUGGUAACCUGAGUGUCCUGUCACCUGGCUGGUUCCCCCUUUCCCCCUCCCCAUGAGUACUUUCCAGGUGACAAAGGGGAGUUUCCAGUUUCCUGCCCCCAGAGGGAAGAUCUGAUCAUUGUCCUUUGUUCCAGUCCAUGCUGAAUCCACUCCCAUAUGCAAGUUCUUUGUGAUCUUGAUUGUCUUCUGUCUGGGACCAUCAGGGUUGGCAUAGCAACUGGGCAGGGCUCCUGUGGAUGUGCUGGUAUGCUCAAGGGAUUAUGGUGGCCUGUAUCAAACCUUCCCCAUUUUGUAGUCCUUCCUUCAUGGAGUAAAAUAAAAGUGGAACAGUGCAAAUCCGAUGUAUGGUUGCUUUUCUAUGAAUUUAUAACAGAAGCAUAGCGUAUGUAGUGUGUGAGUGUGAGUGUGUGUGAAGUUUGUACAAACUGAAUGAUUGGGGGGGGGGUUUCCUGCAACACUUUGAAAUAGGACAGUUCUCUGCCCCAAACCAUCUCCUCUCAAAGCGGCUUCUCCUCACUAGAUGAGCUGACUGCCAGGAUUUUGUGCAUACAUUUGCAUGUAGUUUGUAGCCCUGCUCUUACUUGGCAGUCACAGGAAAAUCAAAAAGACAUUUCAAAGAAAGGAUCACAUAUGUCUGUGGAAGCUCCAUGGUCCGGGUAGGAGGGACUGCCGGGAAACCCAAUCUCAGUGAUGCACAAAGGCUUUCCCCUCUAGCCUUCAACACUGUCCAGAUGUUCUAUGGACAUGGAUGGGCCUGUAGGUUUAAUAGCCUUUUUCCUCUACUGAUUGGAAAGGAGGAUCUUUGUGGAAUGCUCUCCUCAGGGAAAUGCACCUGGCACCAUCAUAGUCAGGCUAAGAAAAUUUUAUUUACCUAGGCUUUAGGUGCUUAAGUUAGCCUCUGCUGUGCUGUUAAUCUUUCAGUGGGGUAUAGUAGGACUUGUUUUUCUUACAAAUUUAGAUUUGUAUUGUAUGUUUUUUUAAAAUUGCUUUUAAUUGCUUUUACUUGCUUGUAUUUUAUUUUGCUGUAAAGUUGCUUUGAGUUUUCUUUUGUAUAAAGCAAGUAAUAAAAGCGAAACAUAAUAAAAUAAUAAUUACUUUCAAGUCAAGCCCCAGUACCCCCAACAGGUGUACCUGAUUUCUUAGGAAACGUUGUCUCACUUAUUUAUGACCAAGAGUUAAAUGAUUUUCUUUCAAACCUGUUAGUCAUUUUCUCCUAUUCUUCUCAAAUCAGUUCUGAGUUUCAUGAGCGACUGGGUAAAAUUGAGAAAUUGAAGAGCAGAUAUGAAAUCAUUACCGUUGUCAUGAUGCCCCCAGAAGGAGAAGAGGAGAAAACUCACACUUAUUAUGUCAUCAAGGUAACCUUCCAGCUCGGAUGCUGCCCAUGAACUUGUUGAAUUAUCCAUACUUCAUCUCCAACCUCUGCUGUUUUCAUUACUGGGUAUCCUGCGUCUAUCCAGUGUAGGAUUGGACUAUGGGUUGGUUCAUAACUUCCUGAUCUGCCACUUCAACAUAGAGAUCAUUGAAGUAAUCUCAUGAAUUCGAGGGAUUGUGCAAUCAUCCCAAGGGUAAAUGAAAGAAAAUAUCCACAACCAUCUUCAAAAUCAGAAGGAAUAGACAGGGGAGUGGGCCAAACAACUUUUUGUAGUAUUUCUGACUACACUUGUUAUUGAAGAAGGAAAAUGUGGCACUUUUGACAUUGGCCUAGGAAGCAGAAGUGUGUGUUGCCAUUCAGUCUAAUCUUUCCACUGGUGGGCAGGGCACGUUACAAUUUCAGUGCCAUUUAACAGUAAGGGUGUUGCUUUAUAAGAGGAGUCUGUGGUCAAAACCUUGAGAGAGGUUUCAUGUUACCAUGUGCGUGGUGUCUCAGAAAAGGCUUGGGGGGGGGGACUAAAUGUGUUUAUUCAUUUUCAAAAGUUAUGAACCAUAACAAAAUCUCCAUCACUCCGCCCCUCCCCUUGGAUCAACCUUUUCAUUGGGUCCUGAUCCAAAGUUGGUAGACUGGGGUCAGAUAAAAUUUCUUCAUUGGCCACUUCUGACCAUAUACCUAGAAGAGUUUGGAUUUGAUAUCCCGAAGGAGUCUCAAAGGGGCUAACAUUCUCCUUUCCCUUCCUCCCCCACAACAAACACUCUGUGAGGUGAGUGGGGCUGAGAGACUUCAAGGAAGUGUGACUAGCCUAAGGUCACCCAGCAGCUGCAUGUGGAGGAGUGGAGACGCGAACCCGGUUCACCAGAUUACGAGUCUGCCGCUCUUAACCACUACACCACACUGGCUCUCUCCUACACUUAGGGCUUGUUAGCAGCCCCCUCCCCAUUUAACUGAACUCUGAUUUAUCCAGCUGUUUUAGGCAUUCUUUUGAACUGAAUAGGUUGCACAUUCUCUCCCCCUGCUUUUUCAUAGCUUCCUCACACACUUUUCCUGCAUACCUCAUUCAAAACAUGCUGGGUACUAUUCAUAGGGUUUUAGCUCCACUUUUGCCUGCCCUUCUGCAAAGUUGUUUUUAAGAAAGUAUGCUGCACUUUGUUCCCAUGCUGCUCUUAUUAUUUAGGCUUGGAAUAGGUUUGAAAAAUAGAAGUAUCUAUUAAAGGUUGAGUAACUGCAGCCUAUCCCACUCCUUAGGUUCUGUGACCUAUGCCCACCCUACCAUUUCAUGAGUCUUUUGGGGUGACAGGCAGUACAGUGGUACCUAUGGAUGCAAACGGGAUCCAUUCCGGAGCCCUGUUCGCAUCCAGAGCAGAACGCAACCCGUGUCUGCGUGUGUCGCGAUUUGCUGCUUCUGCGCAUGAUGUCAUUUUGAGCAUCUGCGCAUGCGCAAGCGGCGAAACCCGGAAGUAACGCGUUCCGUUAUUUCUGGGUCGCCGCGGAGCGCAACCUGAAAACACUCAACCUGAAGUGACUUUAACCUGAUGUAUGACUGUAGUUUUAGUGGAAAACCUCAGGGUUGCUGGGUGGCCCUGUUAAACAUUUUCACAGGUGAUUCACAGAACCUUCCUGCUGUUGAAUUGCCAUGUAUCAAAUAUUCAGCACAUUUGCUGUUGAUUCACGCAAGCCUAGAAAUCUUUGCAUAUGUCCAGAUUUUCACCCAGGAUUGAAAGCAAGCAGUGUUGUGAGGUGUUAUUAGACAAUAUGCACUUGUGCUUAACUACUUACCCCUUUCUGAUAGAGGAUUCACAAACCCUCCAAGUCUCCCUAUUUUCCAGGGACAGUCCUGGAUUUACAGAAGCUGUUCCAGUUUCUGAUUUGAUCCCAGAAUGUACCAAUUUUUCUUACGAUGUCCCUAUUUUCAUCAGAGAAAUGUUGGAGGGUAUGGAGUUAUGUGACCCCCCGAGCCAAGGAGAUAAGUAACUAUACAACCUUAAGAAGACAUCUGAAGGCAGCCCUGUAUAGGUUUUUAAAAAAAUGUUUAAUGUUUUAUUAUGUUUUUAUAUAUGUUGGAAGUUGCGCAGAGUGGCUGGGGCAAUCCAGUCAGAUGGGUGGGGUAUGAAUAAUAAUAAAAUUGUUGUUGUUGAAUAGGACGUCCCUCUUUUCAUUGGAAAAUGAUGGAGGGUAUGGAUUCUUUAAUAAAUACCCAAGUGUGAUACUGCAGUGUAAGGCAGAUGGGGACUGGGUAUUAAUCUUGAAAUUCUGAAAUCUGUCAAUAGUGAUUUUUCUUCUUUCAAGGCUGCCCAGGAAAAGGAAGAUCUUCAGCGUGAAGGAGACGAUUUGGAUGCAAAGAUCCAGCUAGCUGAGAAAGAAUGUAUUGCCCUAGAGAAUACUAUGCAUGUGCUUAAUAACUGCAACAGCAACUAUCGAGACACAUUCAAGGCAGUCACAGAGAAAAGUAAGUAAGUAGGGUAAAAGGCUAAAGUCCAAGAGCAAAGGGAGAUCAGGAAAGGACUCUACUUACUAACUGCUCUGCCACAAACACUGCAAUGUAAUUUGCUUUUUUAGUCCUUCUAGGCUCAGAACAUGCAAUCUUUUCUAUGUGAUGCAGUGAAGUUAUGGAUGAAGAAGAUCCGAGUUCAAAUCUUUGCACAACCAUGAGCCUCACUGCAUCACCUGGGGCUGGAAAUGCUUGAGCCACCUAAAAAGAUUGGGACUUGAAAUGCAGGUUGCAUUAAACAACAUAGUUCCUUCCAGUGAUUUCAGAUGUACCUUUUUCUCAGAAGCAAUCGUUUCCUAAGUAUAAAAGGCAGGUUUAAUUACAACACAAGUAGGCUAUGCUACUUACACUGAAAGUGUAGCAGACUAUAAUACCACAAUACAAACUAGUUUGGAAAACAAACUAAAUUGGAACUUUAAAAUCUCCCCCUUUUAUUUGUGCCUGAAUAUUAAAACAGUGUUUUGAUGACAGAGAAAGCAUUUGCAGUUAACUUUUGCUCCCUCUGCUGGCUCUAUUACUUUAUUAUUAUGCCAUCUUCAUUAAUAAGUUGUGAGGAUUUUUGAAAAACUGCCAUGUUAGGCAGUUUUAAGAGAGGAACUUCUUUAGCAUUUAUUAUAUAAGGCAUUAAAAUGGUAUUUGAGUUGACCCUAGAGCUGGUUCACACAACACAGUAAGCCAAGCUAUGAUUUAGCAAGACUGAACAUGCAGACUCCCAUGGACCCAGGAGUUCACAGAUACUUUGCUCUGCAACAAUCCCUUUUACCACCCUUAGACAUAGUGUGUCAUCUGAAUUUUGAUUUGCAGUUAGGGUCUCCCUGAACUAAUUACAAGCUGCAAUCAAGAGCAAACCUAGAAAGGGCCAGAGGGGAGCAAAGCAAGAACAAACACCUAUUGGGGAACCAGCGUAUUCACACUGAGUCUUAGUCUCCCCAAGUCAGUUGCACUUACUAUGUUGUGCGAACCAGCUUAUGACGACAAUCAACACUGAACCAGGGUUAAGCAAUGUCUCACAUUAGGUCUGCAUUAGCCCAUAAACUUUUCAGUCAAGCACACUGCAUAAUAUUGUCAUUUGGAUUAGUAUAAGGUACUGUGAAUUUGUGUAGAUCUGAUCACUUUUGACAUCUCAUUGCAGACUAAAUGUUUUGAAGUGCAACAGUUUUGUUAUGCUGGAAGCAAUUCAUGCAGCCUCCUUUGCUGGAACGCAUAUCCUGUCCACAGUCCAGCAUUAAAUGAGUGUUCUAGACCUUUUAAUAAUUUAAACAUUUUAAAAUUAGUGCAUGACUUUAACAUCUACUUCUGUUUCUGAUCAUGUUUACAGUUGAUUGCGCCUGUAGCAGUGUGGACUUUUGCCACUUUUAAAAACUCUUGCUUAGUUUACUGUAGUUGGUUCCUUGUAUUUAUUUAAUAGCUGUAUUGGACUAGACUGGAUGUUUUAAAAGUAUUUUUUCCUGUAUGUUGCCUAGAGGCAAGGCAACCAAUAAAUAAUUGUAUUUUUAAUAGGUGAGGAGCACCAACAGAAGCUGAAACUGGAAAACGAGAAAAGAGCUGCGGAUGAGAAAUACAGAUACAAGAGAAGACAGAUCAAGGAAAUCCAGGAAGAUAUACAGGUAAAGAAACUUCUGUCUUAAGCUAAGUUUUAAGCCACUCUAUAAUCCUUAUCCAAAUUCAAACUUUUCUAGCAACUUUGUUCUUUUAUCUAUCCACUUCCUCACACUGUGAGGUGCCACCUUUGCUUUGCAAUUGGACAGGAAGAGGUGUAAAGGGAGGAAUAGAAUGAAGCAAAUUCUGUGCAAAUAUCCUAUGAAGAGUAUUUAUUCAUUCCAUAUUUUGCAACUGUCACUGUCUUUCCUACCAGUUCUUUUGAAGUCGUGUAGAUUUUAAAUUGCUUUAUAUAUUAUUGCUUUAUAUCAUAUAUAUAUAUAUAUGCUUUAUGUAUUAUGUUGGGAAAGAUGGAGGGCACAAGGAGAAGGGGACAACCGAGGACGAGAUGGUUGGACAGUGUUCUCGAAGCUACAAACACGAGUCUGACCAAACUGCGGGAGGCAGUGGAAGACAGGAGGGCCAGGCGUGCUCUGGUCCAUGGCGUCAAGAAGAGUCGGACACGACUAAACGACUAAACAACAACAACAUAUAUUAUGGCAGGAGAAAAUCAGGACGGUACCCACUUCCUCCAGUCCACGCGUUGGGUGUCACAAAACAUAGGGACCAGGCCCUCUAGAAGUCAGUGUUGGUGAUGCUAUUGGUGAUAAAACUGCACCUAUGCAUUUGAUUACACAGAUAGAGGCUCCUCUAAAAACAUGAGAAGUAGCAAUGCCAUUUAAGAGUAGAAGUCGGAGGAAGGCAUAUUGUUCCAAACUACACAGCCCCUACUAAUUGUGUUACCCUUUGUACAUUUUUUGUACUUUUUUAUUAUGGAGUAUGUCUUACCUGGUAUAUGACCCAGAAAUUUGCAAGGGUGGAAUAUAAAGGAAGUAACAAGUAAAUCACUAGUUCCUUGAGCUUUCUUCUAACUCUGAUAUCAUACUGUUGUUCUCAUUUUACAGAUCUGAGUUACAACUCAAGAAUGUGCCAAUGUGUAUUUUAUUUUAUUGUGUAGCAUUUAUUUAUUGUUUUAAAAUGGCUUCAAAACAGGUUUAUGUACAAACUUGUAUUUUUCCAGACCAUGCAGGGUAAUCUUGAUACUCUUUUGAAAGAGGAGGCUCUCUGCAGAGAAAAAAUACAAGAGAAAGAAGCACAAGCUUUGCAGUUAAGUAAAGACAUAGAUGACCAGAAGCCAAAACUAGAAAGAGCCACAAAACAGGUUAGUUUAAAUGAAGAUAGCAUUAUCAUUAUUAAAUGAAUUGUUUCAAUUUCAAUAAAAAAAAGAGAUAAACAUUGUCCAUUACUGCUAAAAUAUUUACUAUAUAAAAUCUGUUAACAUGAAAUCUAAUUGUUACCAUAGCAGCAUCGAUUAAACAAUACUUGUAAUACUUUUGUGUCUAAAAAGGUCGCCCGAGUAACUAGAGAGAUCCGAGCAUUAAAGAGGACUCAAUCAGAAACACAAGAAGAACAAGAUAUUGAACUUCGUUCAUUGAAAGAGUUCAGCAGAUCAAUUGAUACAAUGCUGCACGAAGUUGCAGAAUCAAAUCCAGAUUUGAACACAAUACUUCAGAGAUACUUCGAACAGGUACUCUCUCGUGUUGAUAAAUCUUCUUCCAAAAAACACCACCAAAAACCUUCAGAGACUUGCAGACCUUAAAACCAUACCACAAAAUACGGCCAUUUCAAAGUAAUAUCCUAAUAUGAACUCGAUAUGGUUGUUUAUAUCCAGUAAUGGUUAAUACCACAAUACUUUUUUUUUAGGCGUCUCUCCAGCUUCAGAUUUCUUCUCGGCUUAGCUUUCGGUCAUCUCCUCACAGCUCAUCCUCUUCAAAUAUGUAAGUGCUAUUAUAAAAAUGUUUUAAUCUUUGUUACUGUAUAGUAACCACAACAUUUAUCCAAAGAGGAUGGGGGAAAUGGUCUGUAUGCAAGGUAACUAAUCUUUCCUGACUGACCACUUGGCAGGAGCUGGGAAGAAAACGCACCAGUGACUCACAAUUUCAGUGGGGAAUAAAGGGGAGAGUUGAUUUGUUACUGGUACCCUGCACACAAGCUGUCACUAAAUACAGCAAGUAGUACUUGAUGAUCUACUGGAAAAGGAGCCCCACUUAAUUUUGGUCCUGACUUUUGACCAAAGAACAGUCGUUCCGUGUUUAUGGAGCUUACUUUUUCGGCUAGAGCAAAAUACAACCAUAUUCACACUAGUAUGACACUUAAAUCACCCUCAUGGAGUACUAAGGAAAGGCGCUUUAAUUAUUCUGUGAACCCCCCUGAGAUCUUUGGAUGAAGGGCAGUAUACAAAUUUAAUUAAAUAAUUAGGCCAGGCAUAGGCAAACUCGGCCCUCCAGAUGUUUUGGGGCUACAACUUCCAUGUUCCCUAGCUAACAGGACCAGUGGUCAGGAAUGAUGGGAAUUGUAGUCCCAAAACAUCUGAAGGGCCGAGUUUGCCUACACCUGAAUUAGGCCUUCAACAGCAUCUAAUAUCUGGCACACUUUUCCCCUUGGAUGGCCUUCAAAGGCAGCAGCAAAGGAAAACAGGGCAAUAUUCAGUGCUGGAGAAGACCCAUUAUUAUUGAAAUUUGUUAGUCACUUAAUUUUUCCCAAGGCAACCCAAAGCGACUUAAAACCAAACCAACAACCCCCAAAUGCAUUAAAACCAAGGGGCAGGGAGCGGACAUUAAAAACAUCCCACCCACUUCUAAAAGGCCACAGAUAAAGGCCAAAGGCCUGGUUAUAAAGUUUUUACCUGGCACCUAAAUAUAUAUAAUGAUGACGCCACAAGAGGGGAGAGCAUGUCACAAACAGGGAGCCACUGCAGAAAAGGCCUGCUCUUAUGUUUCCACUCUCCAGACCUCUCAUGGAGGGGGCACAUGAAGAAGGAAGGACCUUGAUUAUGAUUGCAGGGUCUGGGUCGGUUCAUAUGGGAAGCGGCGGUCCAUGUGUGACAAGCAAUUGAUAGCAGUAAAAAUAAGCUUAUUUCAACGAUCCUUUUGAAUGUGGUGUAAAAUGGACUUUAAGGGGCCAUUCUUGGCCUAAUGCUUUCGGAGUGUUGCUUCAUGCAUUUAAACAUACUGAGCUCAUUUCAAUAAGCUGUUUCUUAGCAUGUGCUGAGGUCAUCGCCUUUUGGUGGUGGUGGGGAUCUUGACUGAUUGGAGCAAGGUCUCACAACAGUCACAGCAAGUACAGUGGUACCUCGGGUUACAUACGCUUCAGGUUAAGAACUUUGCUUCAGGAUGAGAACAGAAAUCGUGCUCUGGCGGCGCGGCAGCAGCAGGAGGCCCCAUUAGCUAAAGUGGUGCUUCAGGUUAAGAACAGUUUCAGGUUACGAACGGACCUCCGGAACGAAUUAAGUACUUAACCCGAGGUACCACUGUACUGAGAAGGGAUCCACCGAAGACACUAUGGAAUCAGGUAGUACAGGCCGGUAGAGCAGCAUUGAUCACCUGCCAUGCGUGGUUCUUGGCUACCAAGAGAAAAGGGAGAAAGGUAGCAGGGGGCUUGGUGGGGGUGUAGUGGCAGGAGUGUCAGAUUGGCCCUGCCGCUAUUCACUCCCUAGUGCCAUGCCCUUCCCUCUUGGUAGUAAGUAGCAGUGCAGAGGAUUAGGAAGCAAAGUGAGCAGCACUGCCUCACUGGCCGCAACUGGAAUCAGACAGUAGCAAAGGCAAGAACCUCACAUGCCAAGAAGCGUAGCAAAGAUAGGGAACAGCACCAAGAGUACUUUAUGGGUGAGGCCAUGCCAAGUUUACCACCGAGAAGACCCUGUCUUCUUCCCCUGCUGCUGGGACAAGUGCUCAGGGAGGUUCAUUAAUAUCUUCCUGUACUGCUUAAGAUAAUCAUGUAAGAUUCAGUGGAGGGACCAAGGCAGGGACUUCUCUUUACAUUUAAAAAAAAAAAAGACAGGAUUUUUUUCACUGCUAAUAUGGAUGUUACAACAUCGUAUUGUUUUCUGCAAUAUUCAAGAUAUAUUUAUAGUGUGACAUCUUUCCUUUUGUCUUCUAGGUCCCCCAAGAGUUCAGCUUCAUCUGGUGCUCAACUUAAAGUUGUAUCUCUGACUUUGAGUCCCAAUGCAGAAACUCUUUCACGUCCUUCUAGCCAAAGCAGCUUUUCUGGAACCUCUCGUAGCAAAAGCCCCAAUUAGCUUUCAGUGUUAUAACUGCAGGGAAUGUCUCAGAGCUUUUAAAGACAUAAAUGAUUUAAUGUUUACCUACUAUUUAGAAAUACUAAUUUGCUAAACUACAAGUUUCUUUGUGGAUAAGUAAUUUAAACAUUGUUUACUUUGGGUUAUAUCAAACAAGCUGAGUUACUGGAAAAUAGAAUAAAAGUUGUUUUUUUAAAAAACCCUCAAUGAACAUGAAGUUAUUUAAUAAUUUCAGUAGCCUAAGAAGACUGGCUUUAAUGUUUCACAUUUCUUCAGGUUUUUUAAAGAUUCUGUAGCUUUAACUAAUGGUAAUCUUUAGAAAACAAUAUCAAACUGUGCUCCCCUGCCCUACCCGUCUCAAUAAACUUCCUCUAUUCAUGA